AUGGCUCUUGCGCUGUCUGAGGAACAGUUUCGGUGCAGCAUCUGUCUGGACAUCUUCAAAAACCCGGUCUCCAUCCCAUGUGGCCAUAAUUUCUGCCUGAGAUGCAUCAAACGCUUCUGGGAUUCAAGGCAUAAGUCGGAUUGCCCGCUCUGCAAAGAGGCCUUCAAAAUCAGGCCAGAACUCAGAAUCAACCUAGGCUUGAAGGAAAUUACCGAAGGAUUCAAGAGGUUUGUUGACGUUUCAUCACUAUUUUUUUAUAGAAGAUACUUAUUUGACAAAGAUUAACCCGAGUUUUUCUUCAUGGAAAGGUCUUUGAAGGACAAGCCAAAUUACAAGAUCCCUCCGAGAAAGAGACCUAUCCAAAAACAGCUCUCCAAGGCCGAGGAAGUUCCCUGCGACGUGUGCCAGAACAACCACAUAACAGCAGUCAAGUCGUGCCUCGUCUGCCAGGAGUCGUACUGUGAAGUUCACCUGACGCCCCACCUGAGGGAUGAGAAGAUGAUCAAGCACACGCUGGCCGACCCCACCACCUUCAUCACCAGCCACCUCUGCAAAAACCACAACAUGGUCCUGGAUAUGUUCUGCGAGAGAGAGCAGAUAGCCGUUUGUGUGAAAUGCGUAGAGAUGGACCACGGACACCACAAAGUUGUUCCUCUGGAGAAAGCAACCAGGAAGAUCAGGGUAAGGAGAGGAGUUCGGUUUGACGAACACAAAUGUCUGAAAUGCGCCGUACGUAUUUUGACGACUUUUUUUGUCCUGCUUUCACAGUCUCAGAUGAGGAGGAUCAACGCGGACUUUGAACAGAUGAUCCACGCCAGACUGAGGAAGUUUGACGAGAUCAAGGCCUCAGUGGACCUGGGCAAGGUAAGUGAAGUAUUUGGAUUUUUGGUUGUGCUUUCCAACACUGUAUCCAGAUUUGUGUUACCUGGCUCUCUAACCUCUGGAAAUAUUGUAUUUCUUCAGGUAAACAAAGAAAGAGAGAUUCAGAAAAGUGUUCAGGUCGCCACAAUGGUGAUAAGCACCAUUGAGUCAAACCAGGCGUUGCUCGUCAAAGACAUUGAGGAGAAGCACGACGUGGCCGAGAGGAACGCUGAAGAGCUGCUGAAAGAGCUGGAGAAGGAGAUCAACGAACUGCAGAUCAAACGCACCGAGCUGCAACAUCUGGAGCAAACGGAUGAACCGCUACACCUCAUACAAGUAAGAUCGUGUUGCUCUCCGUCCUGUCAGGGUACUAAAUUCAUCAAAUCUUACAUAUAUGUAACAGAGUUUCUUCUUUACAGAGUUUCUCCUCUUUGAGUUGUCCAACGGGGACAAGGAACUGGUCCAACGUCAAAGUCCAGUCAGAGGACUUCUUUGGGAUAGUGAGGACCGCUUUCUCCAAGCUGGCGGAUGUCUGCAAUAACCUGGAGAACAAUCUGUCAGUUGAGGGUCAGUAGUUUCUGUGGUGAUUUUAGAUUUUACCAGUGUGGAGUCGGUAACCGCGAUAGAAGAACCAACUUUCCAACUUUUUUAUAUCUACCGUUUGUGUCAUGUGAAUAAAUCCCACCCCUCGAGUACUUUAGUUUUUUGUUGCUCCAAGUUGUUUCAUUCAAUAAAAAAUUAACUGAAAAUGUUUUUCUUUUUUCUUUUGAAGAAGCCAGUCAGCUAAACCUGUAUGCAGGUAUGUAUUUGAACCGAAAUUCAAACCAAUGUCAACAUUGAAACUAGUGUGAAUCUUGUGUUUGCUGCCAAGUAUUACAAUUGAAUUACUGUUUGUUUUUUCUUCUGACCUCUAUAGUGGAUGUGACUCUGGAUCCUGAAACAGCUGCAGGCUGGCUGAUUCUGUCCCCGGAUGGAAAAAAGGUAUAAAACAAGUAUAAAUAGUAUGAAAACGUGAAUUCUGUAAGAUCUCAAAUGUCGACCAUUGAGCACGAGCUGAUGUUACCGCUAGUUUUCAAUAAAGUUAAAAAUCUGAAAAAGUUGCACAAUGUUGAAAAAUAAGAAAAUUAAGCUAUGAAGUAGCAACGUUUUAAAAAAUUCAAACUUUGAGAUUAAAGUCAUUAAUUUACGUGAAUAAAGUCAUUACUGACGAGAAUAAAGUCGUAAAAAAGUCAUUACUUUUGAGAAUAAAGUCAUACUAAAAUCAUUACAAUAAAAAAGUCACGAUUAUGUCAUUACUUACAGGAAUAAAGUCAUACUUAAAUCAUUACUUUCGAGAAUAAAGUCAUAAUAAAAUCCUUAUUUAUGAGAAUGUAGUUGUUAUAAAGUAAACACUUACGAGAAUAAAGUUGUGAUAAAAAUCAUUAUGAUACUAAUGAUAACAUGGUGCUGUUGUACCUGAAGAUUAAGUAUCUCCUUGUUUGAGAAACUGAUAUUGAAGUACAAGUUCUUUCACAAAAUGUUCCAUGGUUCUAGUUUCAACAACUGUCAUUCUAAACAGCAGGUUAAGAUAUAAGGACUUUAUUCUGACUUUACUCUCGUAAGUGAUUACUUUACAACAAUACUCCGUCGUAGGUAAGUAAUAUGAAUGGGUAUAAAGACAGAAAGAUGUUCAACACUGUGUGAGAGACCAUGUGAACAAAUAGUUGAACAAUUUCAUACCAACGGUUCAUAUCAUUAUUAAAAGAGUGAGAAUCUGGAGAAAUCUAUGUAAAAAUGGGCAUCACUUUGUAGUUGAACUCACUGCAUCUGCUUAAAAUCCCUUAAAAAACAGCAUCUGUAAUCAGAGUUUAACAUCAGCGUUUAGAAAUCAGGUUUAAACUGCAACACACAAGGAAGAAAACAAGAAAACAUUUACAAACGUGACUCAACUUCAUUUGAGAUGGACUGAAGGCAAAGGGGGAAACGGUCAGGAUAUCAUUAAAUCUAAACCACGACAAAAGACACCUGUGAAGGUUAAAAAGUUGAAAUCCUAUAUCAGACAAGAUCAGGACAACAAGAUAAAAACACCAGGAAGUUCUCUCCUGUGUUUUUCCCUGAAUUCAACUUUUAGAAAUGUAUUGUCGCCACGAGUGAAUGUAUGUUGUCUAUCCGAAAUCUUCAGAUUAAUAUCGGGUUUGAAAGAAUUGCAAGUCAUCGGAUUCUGUUUUUGUUAACAUUUCACAUUGUUUUUUGGAAUAAGAAUUUUAGGUUAUAGUCUCCUUCAGUUGUUUUGCAAAUCUCUUAAAAUGUUUGAAUUUGUUUAAAAGAGUGAAAAUCCCAUUUAUAUGCCGAUGACACCAUGUUAUGUUUACAUUAGUAUUGUCCUUUGUGCACUACAGUCUGCUUUACAAGGUCCCAGGUUGUUCCUCAUUAUUCACGACUUGCUCUCAGCAUAGAAAAAGCCUUAAUAUGGCAUUUUACGAGUGAUAUUCGCUGAUAUGCCGAUGAUACCUUAUUGUAUUCCCACAAUAUGCCGCAAUUUAUGUUACAUUCUGCUCCCUUCCUCUUUUUAUCUAAUGGUUGCUCUCAGUCAUGAAACACAAAAAACUAUGUACGUCAAAGUGCUGUCCUCUGAAUAAACUUCAAACAAGUUUCUCCAAUCUUAAAAUGCAAGUCAUCUUUCGCUCGGCUUGUUUUGUACUCAAGAAAAACUGUUAUAUAAUUCUCCAUUCCAUCUCAGCGUUCAAAUCCACAAAAGUGACAUUCCAGUGACAAAACGUUUAGCUACUGCCUUCAUUAACGUCAGUUACAUAAAUCGGUUUGAACAGAACGUGCUCGUGUCUUUGUCUCCACUGGAGCUUAUCCAAAAGUUUACCGUCCUUAGUUGAGAAGAAAGAUCUUUGAGAUCAGAUCCAAGAAGAGAUUCGCUUCCACAUUACUGUAAACUGUUGGACUGGUUUUUGACACGAUUUGUAGAAUUGUUUUUUUAUACCAUUUGCCUCCUUUCUUAAAGUUACGAUCACAGAAUUUCACUUCCACGUUCAUUAAUGGGGUUUAACCGUGGUGAUAUUGUAAGUACUAUAAUGGAUGAGAACAUAUUUCAGGCCCUCGAGCAGGUUCAGGAGAGGUUUGUUCAGACUGAACUGAACAAACAAGUUAAUCUUGAUGAAAUAUGAUAAUAACAUGGCAACUUGGGGUUUCCAGAGGUGAUACUGACACUAGUUAGAAGUUAGUAAAACUGCAAGCAACAGAGCUAAAGCAGCGCAUUUGUAUAAAGAUUAAUUUUACAUGCCAAAUAUCAGCCCUGGCAACCUCUGUUGAUGACCAACGUCAUCAGGUGCUCUUGUUCUGAUCGGGAUUUCAUUCAUCCUCAGGUAAGCCUCGGCUGUCAGAGACUCUCCGUCCCAGACGACCCCCACAGGUUUGACUCCUGCGUCUCAGUUCUUGGCAAACAGAGCUUCACAUCAGGAAGAAGCUACUGGGUUGUUCAGGUGAGGAAUCCAACCUAAUUCACCAAGACCACCAACAAGCCCUUUAAUGUAAACUUUUAUUUAUGCUUGAAAGGAAAUUUCCUAAAGUCCUAAACUCAACAAGAAACUAGAAAAGCACUCGGAGAGCGCAGACCUCCGCCAAGCAGCUCAUGUCCCCCCUUAUAUUGUGAUUCACACCAAAACUUUAAUAAAAAUAAUAAUAAUAAUAACUGUAACUUUAACUGUUACGUGUCUUUGAUUAACUUUUAUUUGUGUUUAAACUGGUAUGUUCACUGUUCAUAAUGUUCCUAAAACAAGAAAUACCCUGACCGGGAUUCAAACCCAGGACCUUCUGGUUGAGAGGCGAUAGUGCUAACCACUACACCACUAUGCCGCCUAUCUACACCACUCUGCUGCCCAUUGGUUAACUUUUAGCAUUGAAAAUUCCAACGACACCCUUAUUUUUGUGUGUUCUGGAUCACAGUAUCCAGAAUUUUGUCCGGAUCACCAUCAAAAUUUAACGGGGUCCUUCCGUCUGUUACUUUUUCCGUAAAGUUGCUAACAGACAAACAAACUCACAAACAAACAAACCAACGCUACCGAAAACGUAACCUCCUUAGCGGAGGUAAAAAUAAACGCUCUAAGAUUGAUUAAGAGUAGAUUUGUGUUUACUGUUUUUACCUUCUUACGCACUCCUGGGACACAAUUCUGGUGUAGUUGAACACCAAGGACAACAAUAGAACAUAACUAUAAUGCAGAGUUGUACAGUGUGCUCUUGUGUCUAAAUGGUUCUCUACGCCCCCUUGUGGCUUGAAGGAUACCAAACAGUAUUAAGUCUAUUAUGUUGUGUUCUGACACCAAAACCAGGUCUUGGAAAGGAAAAUUCAACCCCACCUUUUCUUUAUGACUAAACUCAACAUGUACUCAAGAUUCAUGUAUUCAUCUAUAAAUUAUAACUAAUAAUCUGUCUACAUUAUAGAGCCAGUUUUAACACUGUAUAGUCUAUAAAGUCAUUUACAGUAUAACUUAAUACCCUGGAACUAAAUUGACUCUUAAACUUGAUUUAACCUUCGUACACACAGUGGUCAACGCUCUUGAGACGCUGUUUUCUCUGUUUUGAUGUAAUGAUUUCACAUGAGCUUCCAUAGCUUAUGUUGACAAACUAUACUGCCAUCUAGUGGUCAAAUGAUUUAAGUGUACAAUAUGUUGAAAUCAUGAAGCUCAUGAAUAUGUUGUAUAUCCUGUUUGAAUUAUAGGGGCCUCAUGGUUGGCUGGUUUAAAAGAUUCAUAAUCAAAUACCGAAACUGUCAUGGUUGGAUUAAUAAACGUGUCUUAUGAUUCUUUAUUGGGUUUUAGGUCGGGGAUAAAACAGACUGGGACCUUGGCGUGGCGAGAGAGUCCAUCAACAGGAAGGGGGCCAUCACCGUACGACCUGACAGCGGUUACUGGGCGAUCUGCCGGAGGAAAGGCGGCAGCCUCAGCGCCUGUGCCGGCCCUUCUGUCACCCUCCACCUUCACGAGACGCCUCAGAAAGUGGGCGUGUUUCUAGACUAUGAGGCGGGGUUGGUGUCCUUCUACGACGCAGAGGCAAAGAGUCAUAUUUACACUUACAGCGGAUGUAACUUCACCGAACCUCUGUACCCGUACCUGAACCCCUGUCUGCACGACAACGGGAAGAACAUGGCGCCGCUGGUCAUCUGUCCGGUUGAAGUUGGGAUCCCUGACGAGACUGCAUCACUAUAA